UUUUCUGACCAGGCCGAGUCGGACGCUUCAGUUGAGUUUGGUACGUCGACGCGAAUGGUUCCACAGGCCGCUUUCAUUUCGGAUACUCCACGACGUUCUUGGCGACCCAGUGUUUCCGGUGUGUUUUUGACUUUAAGCCUUUUUUUUCGGCGAGUGGCGUGUCCGGAAUAGUUUUCCGAGCGGAUAAAGUGCAAUACAAAACUAUUUGUCAGGUCAUCAACCAGGCCAGGCGGCACGUGGCUGCACAAGGACUACCCACCCACAUAUCCAUUGCUAUUUGCCAUUUAUCUGAAGGAUCGCAGUGAUGGCGGCCAGUGCUGGAGCGAGCAGCUGGUCGGGCAGCAGUGGGGGCAGCAACUCCUCCCAAGGACGAUCCAUUGCUACAGCUCAACCGGCGCAGGAGGAGAGAUUAGUGGUGGCAGUUCGGGUUCGACCCAGUAUGGAGGCCACGGAACGCUGCAUCGAAGUCGUCUCCGGCGGAUCACUUCUGUACGAUGAUGGCGGAAAGAGUCGUCCACGGCAGUAUUCGUACGAUCAUGUAUUCCGCGAGAACGACAGCCAGGAGCAGGUUUACAAAACGACUACGGCUCCCUUGGUCAGGGAUGUCCUGAACGGUCUGAAUGCGGCCGUUUUCGCCUAUGGAGCCACGGGAUCCGGAAAGACGCACACCAUGCUAGGACCUGUGCCGCGCAAGAAACCGCAGACCAGCGAUCGCGCCCCACCCACCGCAUCCUGUGAUUCCACAGACGUAAGCAGCCAGGACAUCGGGCUAAUGGUGCGCGCCAUAGAAGAUAUAUUCAGUCACAUCGAGUCAGCGGAGGCGGAUUCGUGUCGCGUUUCCAUAUCCUACCUGGAGAUAUACAACGAGCUUAUAAGGGACCUCCUUAAUCCUGGAGGACCCUUGGAGCUGCGAGAGGAUCAUCGUGGCCAGCGUAUCACCGUGGCUGGUCUCUCGGAGAUUACCACUUCCAGCAGAAAGGAGGUUGUGAGUCUGUUGCUCAAGGGAAACAAGGCCAGGACCAUGGAGCCGACGGCCGCGAAUCAAACCUCCUCACGCAGUCACGCCCUUCUGAGUAUUAUGGUUCAGGCAAGAACGCCGCUGGGCACCAAGCAAGGUCGACUCUUUCUCACCGAUCUGGCUGGAUCGGAGCGGGCUAAGAAAACAAAGAAUAGGGGUAAACGACUGCAGGAAGGUGCCCACAUAAACCGAAGCUUGCUGGCGCUGGGCAACGUUAUCAAUGGACUAUCCGGCGGAGCUAGGUAUGUCAACUACCGCGACUCCAAGCUAACCAGGCUGCUCAAGGAGGCGCUGAGUGGUCGCUGCAAGACCGUAAUGAUUGCCCAUGUUGCACCGGAAAGUAAGCACCGCGAUGAGACCAAGAACACUCUGGUUUACGCCGAUCGAGCUAAUAGCAUCACCACCAAGCUCCAGAACUCCGUAUACAUAGAUGAGUUCAAGGACUUUCCCACCAAACACUACCAAAGUCUCGUUUCGGAGCUGCGCGAUGAAGUAUCACGUCUGCGCACCAAGAUGCUAGCCGAAAGGCCUCGGAGUGGAGCAGCUGCAGCAGCGGCAGCCGCAGCAGCUUCUGGCUCUGCUGGAGCCGCCGGAUCUGGAGCUGGAUCGGAAGCUGUACAGGAACAGGACGAACAGCGCAAGACGGAACUCCGUUACCUGCGCGAACAGAUCGUUCUCACCUUUAAGCAGCAGAUGAAACUGCGCAGGAAACUCCUCGAGGCCGAGAGCCAUCUACUGGGCUUGGAACUGGACGCUGAGCGGCAGCAUAUGAUUAUCUCCCACUGGCAAGGACGCAUUGGGAAACUAUAUGACGCAAUGGGCGAUGACGACAUUGAAUCAGAGGGAUCGGUGGCUUUGAAAAAUGCCUGGGGAGAACUGGCGGCCAUAGAGAAGGAAACUCGCCGCUACAAGGAAAUCCGCGAGAGGACGGAGCACGAGCUGGAGCAAUGCCGCCAGAAGGGAGUCAAACUGGAGGAUGAACUUCCGGAGCGCAUUAGCAGUGAUGAGGAACGCGAACUGCUGGCCUUGCUCUGCCGCGUCCACGAGUUGGAGGCGGACAAGGUAUCCCUGCAGGCGGAGCGGCUGGCUCGCCAGGCGGAGCUGCGCAGGCGUGACCUUCAACUGCUUAGGGCAGAAAGACAGCGACGCCUCUGCGAGGACAUCAUAAGCUCCCAGAGGAGGCUCAUCGAAGAGGGCAACGUGGAUCUGCCGGAUGAGUUGCGGGAGCUUUAUGGGCUGUACCAGCAGGAGAUACAUGCUGGCGUGGUCACACCCAGCACCAGCAACUACGAACGGAAACUACCGCCCAUCUAUACUGCGGGAUCUGACUCACCCGGCUCCAGUUCCAGUUCAGAGUGGUCACCGGCCUCGCCCCUGCCUCAAAUCGACAACCAGAUGGAUCCUGUCGACCGAGUCAUGGGCCCACCUGUCAAUCCGCGUCUGCCCCGGCUUUCCGCAGCCACAAGUGCGAAUAUUCUAGCCGGAGGACCACGGCGCCCUUCGUUAAGGGUGGCCAGGAAUCCACAUCCACAUCCGUAGGAUUAACGUCACUAGUGGAAAGGAAGGUGCUCAGGAAUAGUUGUAACUAAGGCCUAGGAUUCUUAGGAAGGGGACUCGAAUGUCUGCUCAAAUUUACUCAUUGUAUCUUUCCAUCCCAGGCACUUAAAUAUGUUAUGCAUGUAUCCAAUAAAAAUGUAAGCUUUAAGGAUUUAACAAAUUUUUAAAAUAUAAAUAUUGAU